AGCAACCACAAAUUUCGGUGCAAGUCAUCGAUUGGUUCGACCGGGCUACCUGGCGCUGCAAGCCGGACGGAUAGUCGUCAUGAAUGAGCGCACGACUUGCACCGUCGUACAUCUUCUUCUGCAGCACGCAGACCUCCUUCGGGCUCACCCUGUUCAAAUUCACCGUCAAGUGUAUCCAUAGAUUGCCAUUUUGCCCCCCAUUUCUCACCGUCUCCGGUCCCUCGUCACAUGCGUCUGCUACAGCUUCACUGCCCCUUCUCAUGUGCACCAUUUGCACUCCUCAUCAUACCCCCCUGCGUCGGUGCCAUCUGCGAAUGGAGCUGCACCUCGAUGCAAUAGACGAUAGAUCCGUAAUUUCCGAUGUGCGCGGUUUGUUGAGACUUCUUCGAGGGCGUGUCCGGUGGAAACGUUGGAGGUCGCAAGGCUCGGUGAAUCAUCUCGAAGGACGACCCAGACAGCAUCGAGUGCGAUGGGGUGGCGCGACCUGCUCGCGUGGCUCGUGGCUUUGUUGUGAGUCGGUGUAGUGCCGUACCAGGCUGCACCGCAAAUACAAGUAGAGC